UCAGUGUUACCUGCGUCUGCGUAAUUGCUUGACGGUCAGGUCGAGCGCGCGCGCUGCGGUAGGUCAGGUAUGCGAGCGCGAGGUGGUCGAAAGUGCUUGAGGUUUUAAGGCGCGAGGACGCGAUGUACACGACGGAGCGCAGGCGCAUGAGCCUGCACGAGGUGAAGAGGAAGAGCUCCAUCCGGCUCUCCGCCGGGAGUUUAUGGCAGGACUCUCUGGCUCUGGAGCUCAGCGCCAACAAGAGCGUGACGUCUCCGCGCAGCCGCAGCAGGGCGUUAUCUGUGGUGUACGUUGUGGUGGAGGACGCGUCAGUGCCGCAGAGUGAGGAAGAUCUCUCUCUGAGGUGUGUGAAGGAAGCCUGCGCGGAUUCCCACGCCGAGCUGCAGACCGUCCCGUUCGAGUGCAUCCUCCACGCCGCGGCCAACACGCUGGAUACUUUCUACAACGCAGAUGUUGCCAUAGUCGAGAUGAGCGAUUCUCACAGCCAGCAGUCUCUCUUCUAUCACCUUGGCGUCAGAGAGAGCUUCAGCAUGACCAAUAACAUCAUACUGUACUGCAGCAAGCAAGAGGGUGACCUGCAGCUUCUAAAGGAGCAGUGUGGAAGCUACACCUUCAUUGCUUACAUGGUGUCGCCUCAAGGAAAGGUGUUUGCCUGUGAUGCGACUCUGAUGCGGGGAAUCACGGAGAUCCUGCAGCCUAGCUUUACCAUCGAGCCUCUUCUGACUCCUUUAGUGGAGCGGCUGGUCAGGCUGUUUGAAAAUGUAUACAUCCAUGCAAGCGAGUACGUGCACGAAUCGAUCCGGCGGGAGAUCCGGACGGCACGUGAGCGUUUCAGCGGAGAAUCCCUGAGCCAGGAGCUGAAGCGAAUCCAGAAACGCCUGGACACUGUGGACCUUCUCAGCCCUGACAUCGUGAUGAACCUCCUGCUGUCUUACCGUGAUAUCCAGGAUUAUGAGUCCAUUAUUAAUCUGGUGGAAACCCUGAAUGGCCUGCCCACGUGUGCAGUGGCUGCACAGCCAAAUAUCAAGUUUCAGUACAUAUUUGCUUUGAAUAGGAGGAAUCACCCGGGUGAUCGUGAGAAGGCUCUGUCACUCAUUCUGCCCAUGGUCCAGUCAGGAGCGCCAGUGGCCUCAGACGUGUACUGUCUCUGUGGACGCGUUUAUAAGGACAUGUUCCUGAGUUCUGGCUUCACGGAUGCACACUGCCGUGAUCAGGCCUGCUACUGGUAUGGUAAGGCAUUUGAAAUGGAGCCCUCACUGCACUCAGGCAUUAACACCGUGGUGCUUCUCAUGGCUGCCGGCCAUGAGUUUGACACUUCUGUUGAGCUGAGAAAGAUCGGAGUCGCUCUCAGCAGUUUGCUCGGUAGGAAGGGCAGUUUGGAGAAGAUGCAUGAUUACUGGGAUGUAGGGUUCUACCUUGGGGCUGGGAUUCUGGCCAACGAGCACAAGAAGGUAAUCGAAGCCUCAGAGAAACUCUACCGUCUCAAUGCACCCAUGUGGUAUGUUGGAUCAGUCAUGGAGACGUACAUUCUGUACAAAAAGUUUGCCAAACCGCCAGAGGUGAAGACCCCCAAACAGGAAAUUGUGGACUUCUGGAUGGAGCUCCAUGUGCAAGCAUGCAAACCUACUCUCUCCACAGCUCGUUGCCCGGUUCUGAUCCUCGAACCCACGAAGAUUUUCCAGCCCAGCAUACUGAGUGUGUGCGAGGAGGACAAGAGCCGCACCGUGCAGCUGAGCCAUGUCCCACCACCCCAGAAAGGUCUACAUGAGUGGACAUUUCCUGCAUCAGCAAUUCGUGGAGUGAGUAUGUCCAAAAUUGAUGAGCGGAGCUGUUUCCUGUAUGUGCUCUACAACUCCGAUGACUUCCAGCUGUGUUUCCCAAGCACUCUGCACUGCAAAGGAUUCUGUGAGCUGGUGAGCUCUCUGAUCAGUCCGGCAGAAGGGGUCAGGGAUUACUCCCCCUUGGACAAUAGAGGACUGUUGGAGUACAUGUAUGAGAAAGGAGACAACGGUGAGAAUGUGGUGCUUGGGAGAGGAACUUAUGGAGUGGUGUAUGCUGGACGAGACUUGAGUAAUCAAGUGCGCAUCGCCAUCAAGGAGAUUCCAGAGAAAGACAGCACUUACUCUCAGCCUCUCCAUGAAGAGAUCGCCUUGCACAAGAGACUGAAGCAUCGCAACAUUGUGCAGUACCUGGGCUCUGUCAGCGAGGGUGGCUUCAUCAAGAUUUUCAUGGAGGAGGUGCCAGGCGGAAGCUUGUCCUCGCUCUUAAGGUCAAAGUGGGGUCCUCUUAAAGAUAACGAGCCCACCAUCGUCUUCUACACCAAGCAGAUUCUUGAAGGACUGAAGUACCUUCAUGAUAACCAGAUAGUUCACCGAGAUAUCAAGGGUGAAAAUGUCCUGAUCAACACGUACAGCGGCGUACUCAAGAUAUCUGAUUUUGGAACGUCGAAAAGACUAGCAGGAAUCAACCCUUGUACAGAAACCUUUACAGGUACUCUACAGUAUAUGGCUCCAGAGAUUAUCGACCAGGGCCCGCGGGGUUAUGGGAAACCGGCUGAUAUCUGGUCUCUAGGCUGUACCAUUAUAGAGAUGGCCACUGGGAAAACGCCUUUCCACGAGCUGGGCAGCCCACAGGCCGCCAUGUUCAAGGUCGGCAUGUUCAAGAUCCAUCCCACUGUGCCAGCGUGCAUGUCCGAAGAGGCAAAAUCCUUCAUCAUGCGCUGCUUUGAGCCCAAUCCUGACAAAAGGGCCACAGCAUCUAACCUGCUGAAGGAUGCUUUCCUUAAGAGCAGUACCAAGAAGAAGAAGAAGAAGACCAAGCCGUCUCCCAGCUUAGCUGAGAUAGAGCCCAUCACCUCUGUUUCUCCAGCAGUAGAAUACCAGAGGAGCAUGUCUGUACCCAUAACUGUGCAUGUGGAUACUGACAGGAUAGACUUGUCUAGUUCCCUCAAUCUGAGGAAAACUAUCCAUUGCCUCAGAGAAGAGGACAUUUCCGAGAGCCCUUCCAGUCCCACCACCUCUGGCAUACCUGAGGGACAACAGGGGGACAUCAGUCCUUCUGUGUCAGGAGAGCAGCUUGGUCUCUUCCUGCUCAGGAAAGACAGUGCAAGGAGAAGCACUCUGCACCGAGUUCUUACUGACUAUAUUGGCCAAGUACUGCACAAUAUAAGCGAAUCGCUCCCACAGACAGAAGAGCACUGCAUCAGCUCUGAGCACAUCAAGCAGCUGAUUGGUUGCCUGGGAGAAAACAUCCGCUCUCCAGACAGGAAGCAACUGACCAACCGACUCCUGAAGCUGCGCGCGAGCCUGCAUAAUGACGCAGUACCUGUAUGCAGCCUGCAGGUGGCACUCUUCAGCUUCCAGGAUGCCGUGAAGAAGGUGUUGCGGCAGCAGCAGGUGAAACCUCACUGGAUGUUUGCUCUGGAUAACCUGCUCAGACAGGCUGUGCAAGAUGCCAUUACCGUGCUUCUGCCAGAGCUCAAGCUGCAGCUCCAGUCAUCCUUUGAGGUCGAGGAGAGUUCACCUGAAACAGAACGGACAGCUGAGGACCCAAAUGCAGAGUCACACAAGGAGACUAAUGGCAUGUUUCAAGAUCCUCAGCAGCCCAGGUCUGAGAGCAUCAGUACCAGGCUGCCCAACGGCCUCGGCACCAGCUGUAGCCCUCUCAUCCAGGAAUUUUUCACCUCAUGCCAGGAGACUAGGAGGUUGCUGACUCGGCUAAAUGAGAAGGAGAAGGAGUACCAAGAACUUCUAAUGAACUUGCUGCAGAAUGCACAAAGCUCAAUAGACACACUAAAGAUCAAGGCUCCAACAGAGAGCAGGGAUAAUAAGGCUGUCUGCCAUAACGCUCAGACCCUGGCCAUGGUGCACUGGCUGAAAGCUGUCCCAGUGGAUGAACACACCAUAAACACACUCGUGUCUCAUGGCUUCACGUUAGACAUCCUGCUCCAUAUGGCCUGCAAAGAUGACCUCAAGUACUGUGACAUCAAAGGUGGGAUGGUGUGUUGUCUUUGGAGAGCCAUUUCUGCCCAGAGGAAGAGUAACCGGAGUGUGGUCACGGAGGACAGUGAAGAAACCAUACUCUGACCAACCACUCACUCUGGGACUUGAGGGUUGUAUGAGCUCAGUGAGCUUUUAAUAUUUUUCUGUCUGGAGACAUGUGCCUUUCACGUGGGACCUUGAUUGAUUUAUUCCGGUUCAUUGGGGAAGAUGAGCAAUGAUGUUGAAAUUGCUGCCUUUUCUAAAAUGAUGACGUACUCACUCUGUAUGCAUGUUCUUACGUUCUCUUUUCUGUGUAUUCAAAUGUGUGUUCGUGUAUGCGUACGCAUAGGGGAAAGGGGUUUAUUUCAGACCCAUAAGGUUUUUAGUUUGGCUCUCUUGGAGAACCUUUUAAGCAUUGUAUGUAGAACCCAACAACAGUGUUCCCUCAUCAAAGAGGGUUCUACAUACAAUCCCUUCAGGGAGUUUACUAUCCAAAGAACUCCUAGAAAACCUUUUUAUGAGUGUGUUUGUGUAACUAUAUUAUAUAUAGUUAAUAAGAUUUUAGAUAUCCAGACAGGCAAGAAGUAAAAGGGAAAAAACAAGCGUCUUAUGUUAAGGUCUCACAUAGCCGGUUGAUCUGUGAGAACCGUGAUGGGGCUUACUGUGGCCAUUCCGGCAGAUUUUGGAACUGACUGUCUCAUAAAUUUGGACGGAGUAAAUAUGCAAAUGAAGCCACAGUAGACGUGAUGGAAAACACCGGUAAAACCAGUGGUGGCAGCGACGUAUGGCCUUUGAGCAAUAACGGCAGCGUGUAUGGUUUUCAUGAUUGCAGUACGGCAUAGCCACAGCAAGAUGAAAUAAACCAUGCCCCCGUGGCAAACUUUUCACUUUCUGCAGAAUGUUGUUCCAUGAACAGUUUGAGCUCGGUGGUUGCGACGGAAUGCUAUGGUAACCCAUGGUUACUGUGCUCCAUACCGUAAUUCCAUACUGUGGAUGAAUUCAUCUGACGCUUGACCCACGGCACUUUUCAACACAAUGAAAUUUUCCGGGCAUAGAAGCCACGCCUUCUCGGUUGUCAAGGUAGCUUGACAACCGCGUAUUCUGACCGAAGGGCCCGGAACGUGUGUCAGUUGACCCCCAGAAGGCUCGAAAUCAUCUUCCAUUAAGUGAUUUCUAGCUAUGUGAGACCUUAGCGUUAGGAAGCUGUUAAGCCAAAACCAUUGCCAGAACAGUUUGUGAUGUGCCUUGAUAAACCUGUGGAGCUGCAUUGGACGUACUGUAUAAACACCAUUCUUCCAAAAGAUAGUCUCUCAUCGAACGCCAAAAUCUCCCAUAGCUGUUCAGUUGGGUUGAGAUCUAGUGAGUGAAGGUUACAGCAUCAUUUUCAUAUUCAACAAACCAGGAUAGGAAUGUUUCAUCAGAGAAGGUAAUCAGUUAGAACAACUUCGGAUUGAUCUGAUUGACGGUAACUGCUAAGGGAAAAAGUGGACCCAAAGAAUGCCAGAAAAUGUCCCCACAGCAUAACAGCCACUGUUUUUUGUUUUUGUUUUUUUUCCUUUAGUUUGUUUCCUGUGUGUAUGCACAGCCGUGGGAAGGCAUGGGAUUUAACAUUUUAUUUAUUUUGAAUGUCGGAUGUUUUCACCUCCAUCAGUUUCAGCAGCAGUUUGUUUGCCUUAGACAGCUGAUGAAUUGUGAACUGUUUCAAAAGGUCUGUUUCUGUGGAAACUUUGUACUUCUACUGUGUCUGUGAAGAAUCUCAGUCAUCCAGGUACAUAGUAAUCUGUGGUUGGUAGAAGGGAGCAACUGGACU